ACCCUUUCCUGUAGACAAUAGCAGAAAUGGCGGAUGUUCUGAGGAUUUUGUACAUUCUGAUCCUGCCUGCUGUGAUACAUUCUGAUUCUGGAAGCUCCCACGGUUGUGGUGGCCAUGGUUAUCUGACAACCAAUAACGGUCUGAUUAACAGCCAGUCUCAGGGGUCUAGGUACCACAAUAACGCGGAUUGUACGUGGCGGAUCCAUGCUCCUGUAGGGAAGGUUAUCAGACUUACUUCUACAUACUUUAACCUGGAGGCAGAUGAUUCAUGCAGUUAUGACUACCUGAAUGUAUAUGAUGGGUCAAAUACAAAUGCAAAACUGCUUGGAGAAUUUUGUGGACAUAGAUCAAUAAACCUUGUGUCUUCUGGUCAAAACUUAUACUUAGAAUUCAUAACAGAUGACAGCGACGUAUUCAGAGGAUUUGAAUUAUCAUACAGAUUCAUUCAAAGAACAGAUAGCUGUGGUGGUCAAGAUUUCCAAUGUCAAAACCACAAGUGUGUAGACUACUCUUGGGUAUGUGAUGGUGAUAAUGACUGCGGAGACGGAAGUGACGAAAGAACUUGUACCACAACCACUACCCCGAUUUCCGGAUCUGGUACAGCCCAUCCUAUUUCCUCAGGGGUUUGCCAGACGGACGAGUUUUCUUGCCCUGACCACACGUGUAUCCCACAGAUCUGGCGAUGUGAUGGUGACAAUGAUUGUGGAGAUAACAGCGACGAACGGAAUUGUGGAGGUUUGGCAGGAACUACCGUCUCUCCAGCUCUCUCAUCCGGAUGUGGAAGUCCAGGCACACAGACUGGCAUGCUGGGAAGUUUCCACAGUUUGAAUUAUCCUUCAAAUUACGAUAGUGACAUGAACUGUCGAUGGGAAAUCAACGUGCCUACAGGCAUGCACAUUAAAUUGAUUUUCGCUGAUAAAUUUGGAUUAGAAGACGCCCAAAACUGCGAUUAUGAUCGAGUCACAAUUUAUAAUGGAAAUCAAAAUAAUCUAAUCGGAAGAUACUGUGGUUCACAACACCCCACCACCAUGGUUCUGUCUAGUAAUCACGUUAUUGUUCAGUUCCUCAGUGAUGGAAGUAAUGAGGAAAUGGGAUUUCUCUUACACUGGUCAGCGACGAACGCAUCUGUUGUGGUACCUGGGGAUUCCCACACCACUCCAUCACCGACCGGCUUGAACUGCACCAGAGACAUAUACAUCAACGGUAGUACAUCGGGGACGAUCUCCUCUCCUAACUUUGGGGUUGGCCUCCAAUAUCCACCAAGAUCUGGAUGUAUAUGGAGAUUUUUUGCACCAUUUGGUUAUGCUAUACGCUUGGCAUACACGCAAUUCGGUGUUGAGGGUGGUCGAUCAUGUCCAUUUGAUUCUGUUACCGUAUUUGAUGGACAAAGUUCAACCGGAAAAAUGAUAGCAAAAAAUUGUGGAAACACACUUCCUGCCCCUGUUGUGUCCAAAACCAAUAAUAUGUAUGUCAGUUUUGUCAGUGAUGGAAGCACACAAGACAUUGGAUUUACAGCCACUUAUUCAGCCGUCAAAUUAAAUGUAUCAACACAAGCUGUUAAUACGGACCAAGCUUGUCAUGGAAGCACGCCACUUGUCCUUAACAGGACUUCCGGCUUCAUCUAUUCUGAGAAAUUUACGUUGGGAAUGAAUUACCCGGAUAAUCUAAACUGCAGAUGGCACAUUAAGGCACCUGCAGACAAAGUCAUCACUCUCCAAUUUAACACUUUUUACCUUGAGAAAGAUCGUGCAUGCCAAUACGACAACCUACAGGUGCUGGACGGACCAUUUGCUAGAUCGCCACUCAUCGGAAAGUACUGUGGAAUUAAUUAUCCACAAAAACUGACUUCUACAGCAUCAGACCUCUAUAUUCGAUUUCAAACCGAUGAAAGUGAAAACGAGAUAGGGUUCAACAUUACAUACACAAUCCAUGAUCCAAUUCCUACGUGCUCACCAAAUGAUUUCACAUGUAGUGACGGAACAUGUAUAGACAGAAGCUCCGUUUGCGAUGGAAGAAAUGAUUGUGCAAGUGGCAAUGACGAAGUGUUGUGCAGUUCCAGCUGUGGGGUACCACCUAUAACGCCAUCUUUGGGUAACUCGAAAAUUGUUGGAGGUAAAGAAGCUACCCCGGGCAGCUGGCCUUGGCAAGCCUCCCUGCAGUAUGGCUCGUUCAGAGACCACAUGUGUGGAGGUACCCUGAUCUCCCCACAGUGGGUCAUGACAGCAGGACACUGUUUUGAGGAUGACAGAUCUCCGUCGAAAUGGCACGUGUUAUUGGGAAAUCACCACAUGAAUAAACAAGAUGCACACCAGGUGGAAGUGGGUGUUUCAAAGAUUAUUGUCCAUGAAAAUUACGAUGAAGAUACUACAGAAAAUGACAUCACUCUCCUGAAGUUGCAAACCCCUGUGACGUUAAAUAAUUACGUCAAUCUCGUCUGCUUACCUAAGCGAACUGUGUCCAAUGGACAGCACUGCUACAUAACAGGAUUUGGAGACACCAUGGGAACUUGCUGUCGUAAUGUGUUAAAGCAAGCAGAAAUCCCUAUCAUUGAUGUGGGAAAAUGUAACAGCACUAGAUACACAGACGGCCAGAUUUUUAGCACCAAUAUCUGUGCUGGAUACGACAAAGGAGGGAUUGAUACCUGCCAGGGUGAUAGUGGCGGUCCGUUGGUUUGUAACAUAGACGGCAAGUGGCAGAUAGAGGGAAUUACGUCAUGGGGAGUAGGCUGUGCAGAUCCAAUGUCGCCUGGGGUGUACACUAAAGUGUACGAUUACUUAAACUGGAUACAAAAAACUAUUGUUCAAAAUUAAAACUGAACAACUGCACUAUGGUAUAUUUCUUUUCAAUAAGGAUGUAUGUUAUUUAUGUUUUUUUG